AUGUGGUCCGAGAAACCGUCUCUCUCUCUCUCUCUCUCUCUCUCAGGUGUGGCGCAUCAGUGUUAUCAUGGUUUCCUGAGGGCCGUUCAGGAGGGAAACAUCCAGUGGGAGAGUCGCACAUAUCCAUAUCCUGGAACACCGAUAACACAACGCUUCUCACACAGUGCGUGUUACUACGACUCGAACCAGUCGAUGUACGUGUUCGGCGGCUGCACUCAGAGCAGCUGUAACGCAGCGUUUAACGAUCUGUGGCGUCUGGAUCUCAACAGUAAGGAGUGGAUCCGGCCGCUGGCGUCAGGCUCGUAUCCGUCUCCUAAAGCGGGAGCCACGCUGGUGAUGUACAGGGAUCUGCUGGUGCUGUUCGGCGGCUGGACUCGGCCCAGUCCGUACCCGCUCCACCAGCCCGAGCGCUUCUUCGACGAGAUACACACCUACUCGCCCUCCAAGAACUGGUGGAACUGCAUCGUGACGACUCAGGGGCCGCCGCCGAUGGCAGGACACUCGUCCUCUGUGAUGGGCAGCGGUAUGGUGGUGUUCGGAGGCUCUCUGGGCGCGCGGCAGAUGAGUAACGAGGUCUGGGUUCUGGAUCUGGAACAGUGGUCCUGGUCCAAACCGGCCGUCAGCGGCCCGUGUCCUCACCCUCGCGGGGGACAGUCUCAGAUCGUGAUCGACAGUGAGACGCUGCUGAUUCUGGGCGGCUGCGGCGGACCGAACGCUCUGCUGAAGGAUGCGUGGCUGCUGCACAUGAGCGCCUCCCCCUGGACGUGGCAGCAGCUGCGUGUGGAGAACGAGGAUCACGGCGCGCCGGAGCUCUGGUGCCAUCCGGCCUGCAAGGUGGGUCAGUGUGUGGUGGUUUUCUCUCAGGCACCGUCGGGGCGAGCUCCUCUCAGCCCGAGUCUAAACUCUCGCCCCUCCCCCAUCAGCUCAACGCCCGCCCCUCUGGGGCCAGACCCGCCCUCUCUGCGCUCGCAGUCUCCAGUGCGCGGCGGCGCGGCAGGCGUAGUGCUGGGCGCGGUCGAGGAGGCGCCCUGUGUGAACGGCCGCUGGGGGACCCUGCGUCCGAGAGCAUCGGCCCGAGCACGAGACGGCAGCCCGUCACCCUCGCGAGGCCCCGACAGCCCGCCGCUGCUCAACGGCUCGUCACCCUCCCCACGCACCAGCCCAGUCCAGACGGCGUCUCCGCCCACUCGCCCGCUCGCGGAGUACAGCUGGGAUGAGUCGCCCGCCGCCGAACCGCCCGCUUCCAACGGGCUGCACACGCCUCCACAGGCUGGCUCGCCGCACACCCCUCCGGGCGCCGUUUCUCCCGCCGCUCUGCGCCGCAGUCUGGAGGCCGUCAAAGCCUCUUCGUCACUGCCAUCCUCUUCCUCGCUGUCCCAGCCGGGCGCAUCCACCGGCACGCCUCCCGCCUCCUCCAGCCCUCCGCAGGCCGCCGACGCACACUCCAUCCCGCCCAUCGCCCGCCGCCUCACCCACCACCCGCCGCAGAGCCUGAACGUGGGCAAGCCGCUCUACCAGUCACUCAACUGCAAGCCCAUGCAGAUGUACGUGCUGGACAUUUCUCGUGCCAAAUCGGGCGGCGUGGUGUCGUGGCGGGCGUACGGGAGCGGCGGAGCGCCCAGCGCCAUCACCGGGCCGCCCGAGACCAGCCUGCACACGGUGGUUCAGGGCCGUGGCGAGCUCAUCAUCUUUGGCGGUUUGAUGGACAAAAAGCAGAACGUGAAAUAUUACCCCAAAAAACUGGAGUUUGUGAUGGGGCAGUGUUAG